AUGUUCGAGAUUGAUAUCAGUGCAAGCGAGAAAAAUUGCUGUUUCUGCGGAGAAACAUUUCUCGAAGACAUAGAAGAACACCAAAACCAAUGUCCGGAUCAGUUUUCGCUCUCACCAUAUAAAAUUAAAAAGAGGUUACUUACAAGACAACUCGACAAUAUGACGAAUCAAUAUGAAAUAGCUGUGAGCAAGUUGUGUAGUGGUGACACAGUCCCUGUGAAGAACGAGCUGGGAGAAGACUUCUGUCAUAACUGUGCAACUUACGAGGAACACAAGAGAGAUAAUUGUCUAAAAAUGACACGAAUGGAAGCUUUUGAAGCGCUUCUUCCCAAAAUGCGGUAUGAUUGGUUGAAUAUAAAAUAUCAACUGGUAUACGCGAAAUAUGACCAUGACAUAGAAGUAGCAGAAAAAGAAGCUGAAACCAUGAGCUUACACGAAAACGGAGAAAUAAGUCAAUGGAUGUUGGGAUUCAUGCCGCCCAGUUCACUGUCCCACCCAACGGAAUGCGGAGAGGAGGAUGGGAAGGAAAGUUCCGCGGACAGACUGAAAAAACAAAAAGAACAAGACGCAAAACGCCGUCGAGAUCUCCAUUUGAGAAUGGCUGAAGUCAAGUUCGAAAUAUUUGUUCGAAAGACGGAAGCAGAGCUGAACGCGAGUGAAAGAAGUAACCCAACCGGACGAAUCAUUCGAUUUCAUUCAACUUACGAGAAAAACCAGCAAAGACCAGAUACUCAAAUCAAAAUGAUGUGCAUAGACACUCUUGUUUAA